AUGAAAAUAUUAUUGUCUGCUGGACUUUCUGCUCAUGCACCCAAGAGAUUUCAAUAUAUUAAAGUAGCCAACAAGGGCAUUGCCCCCAUUGAAAGUGAAGUUUCUGUACCUUUUGAAGUGGCCGGCAAAACCAAGAUCGUAGAUGUUCUCUUCGUCCCUCAGUUGUCCUCUGACAUGAUAUUAGGCUUAGAUUUUUGGAGGCGCUACAACUUGCGCCCCGACUUUGUUAGCAACACUUGUGAAGUCAACGUCGACGGUGCCGAAGUAUUUUCUGCGUCCACUGAAGAAGAAGAACCUGAAGACAAUGUCCUUACUCCUGAUCAACGUGCUGAACUUGAAGAAAUUCUUGCUGACUUUAGGCCUGUCUUGGACACUGAGAGACUUGGAUGUUUGCGAGGUGUGGAGCACCACAUUGACACCGGAGCCCCCGACCCCACGGCCGGGGCGAGCGCGGACGACGACCACACGUGGCACCUGGACGAGGAGCAAGUGUGCGAGCAGGUGCGGUCCUACCUCAACCAGGGCUCGUACUACAACGCCAACAAGCAGCUCAACAGCCUGUUCGCCAAGGUGCGAGAGAUGCUGCGCGCGCGGGAUUCGAAUGGAGCACGGAUGCUGACGCUCAUCACGGAACAGUUCCUUUCGGACCCCAGACUGAUCUUGUGGAAGUCGCAGGGUACCCCAAUGACGGAUAAGUGCAGGCAGCUUUGGGACCAACUCGGAGCCCUGUGGGUGUGCAUAGUCCUCAACCCCCACUGCACCACCUUGGAAAAGCAGAACUGGAAAAGACUCUUGGAGAAGUGGGCGGCGAUGGACAUUUGUCCGCUGGAGGACCCCGACUACCGGCCGCAGCCCGCGGCCAACACUCGGCACGAAGCGUACCACCACCAGGCGGCCUACGACUCUUCGGACAGCAGCUCGGACGAGGAGUCCGGCGAGGCGGGCGCGCCCGGUGCAGGCGCCGGUGCGGGCGCCGGGGGCGCGGGGGCGGGCCGCAGUGGCGCCGGCUCACCCGCGGGGGCGGGCGGCGGCGCGGGCGCGGUCAGCAGCCACCACUACCGGGGCCGGGAGCACCCCAACAUGCCCAACAGGCACUCGCGCUAUGGCGGCCGGGGCUCCAGGGGGCUGGCGCACAGCCGGCCGGCCGCCGUCGUGCCCAGGACAGUCUUCCACAGGGCGCUGGACGCGGUGGAGCUGAGCUGGGACAACGUGCACCUCAAGAACAUCCUGUCGAGCGACACGUACUGCUCGCACAUCACCGACAGCGCGCUCACGUCGGGCAGUUUCAACCCCCAAGGGCAGCCGCUGUGGCACGAGCCCCUGGCGACGUGCGCCGCCCGCGUGGACGCUCUUCGCUCCCACGGCCACCAAGCCGCCGCCCUGCGUCUCGCCGUGGGCGUGGUCCGCACCUUGAAGCAGCAGCAGAUCAUCGCCCAGCGACGCUGGAUCGAGAGUCAGCAGCACCUGCAAUACCGGUCAGGCUGUAAAGGCGGGAACAGCAGUAGUAGCAACAACGGCAGCAGCAUCUGCAGCAACAGCUCGACCUGCCCGGCCGACUCCAGCACGGGCAGCAGCAACUCGUGCAACGGCAGGGGCUCGACCUGCCCGAGCUCCACCUCCCUGCCCACGCCGAGCGGCGCCCAGGGCGGCUCUAACAACAUGAUCUUGUCGUGCUCGACGCGGUGCUCCGGGCCGGGUUGCAACGCCCCGACCCUGCCGCCGCCGCCACCGCCCUCCAGAUACGUGUCCACCACGUGGAACACCCAGGCCCACCACACCGGCUACAACAGCAGCUUGAGCAGCAUGGGCAGCAUGAGCCUGGGGCUGGCCAUGGGGCCGGGCUCUAGCAGCGGGGGCGGCAGUGGCAGCGCGGCUGGGGGUGGGGGUGGGCCCUCCACCUCGAGCAGCAGCUGCUGCAGCGGCUCCUCGUCCGUCUACAACACCGAGGGGUGGGUGGGCCAUCCCCUCGACCCCAUCGGCUGUGUGUUCGACACACUCGCAGAGGCAUCUCUCGUACCUGACGACCACAUGCCCCGACUACCCACUUACUUCGAUUCUGUUGGGGUUGAGGAGCCCACAAGCACUGUGCCUCCGCGGUACCAUCACGUCCCAGUGGUUGGCUCGAGGGAUCGUUCAGAAACUUACUUGACGUUGGCUGUAGAUGUGGCCCUUAUCGGCCUCGGACAGCAACGCAUCAUGCCUGCUGGACUUUAUGCUCAAGAAAAGGCUUGCAAGCAAGAGGACAGACUGAUUGCCAAACUUCAAGAAAUGGAGCUGGACUCUGCACUAGUGGCUGUGUUGCGCCGUCAAGCGAUUGUGCUUCUUGAGGGUGGCCCUACAUCUGGCCUCGGCAUUGGCAUUCACCCUGAAAGUAUUCCAAUGCACACGUUUGCUAGGUUCAUGUUCCUUGCUUUGCUUAAUUAUUACCCAGAUCUUGCGUACGAGGUUGGCUUGCGUGCAAUGAGAUUACCUGUUCUUGAAGAGCAUGAAGAUACAGAUGAAGGCACAAGCAGUAGCAACGUAGUACCUCCAGCGUUCAACCGUUAUCCUAGGUGGUUUACGUUAGGCCAUAUUGAAACUCAACAAUGUGCUCUGGCCUCUACUAUGCUCAGUGCAGCCAAAGACUGUUUGGUCUGCUUGACUGGGGAAGUUGUCCGUUUACGUACUGUGCUUGAAUCAGCACAACGCCAUAUCCACUCUUCCUCUCACCUCUUCAAGUUAGCUCAAGAUGCUUUCCGUUUUGCCACUCCAGAAAAUGGACCAAGACAUCCAGCCCUUUUAAGUGUUGCUUUUGAAUUAGGCCUUCAGGUCAUGCGGAUGACUCUUACUACUCCUAACUGGCGGCGUCGAGACAUGGUGCGCUGGUUAGUGACUUGUGCAACUGAAGUAGGAUUUGAAGCCCUUGUUUCAAUCAUGCAGAAUUGGUAUCAGUUAUUCACACCCACUGAGGCUACAGGAUCUGUAGCCACAACAAUAAUGUCUCACAAUACAAUCAUGAGGCUAAACCUUACAUUUCCUCAGCAAGAAGAACUAUCUGGUUGUGCAAGAACUUUAGCCUUGCAAUGUGCUACAAAGGAUCCUCCAAAUUGUGCCCUAAAUGCCCUCACACUUUGUGAAAAUGAAGCAAUGGCGUUUGAGACGGCAUAUCAAAUUGUUAUUGAGGCAGCUGCAAAUAUAAUGACUUCAUCACAGCUGUUUACUAUAGCCCGGUACAUGGAACACAGAGCCUAUCCAACUCGAGCUUAUAAACUUGCUAUGCUGGCAAUGCAAAAUGUGCACCUUGCUUAUAAUCAGGAUACGCAUCCUGCUAUUAAUGACAUUCAUUGGGCCUGUGCUCUAAGUCACUCAUUAGGAAAGACUGAAUUAUCUACAAUGAUUCCAUUACUUGUAAAGAAUGUGCAGUGUGCAACCGUGCUCUCUGACAUUCUGAGGAGAUGUUCAAUGACUGCCCCUGGAGGAUCUUGUCAACACCCUCCAGAUGGCAAGCACCACCAUCACCACCAUCACCAUCACAGAAGCAGUAGUGGACGUGGAAGCUGUGGUGGAGGUGUAAAACCUUUGUCAUAUGACAAACCACCUCUCCGACAACUCUUAGAAGCAGCUGUUGCUGCAUAUGUCAACACAACUCAUUCCCGCCUUACUCAUAUCUCACCUAGACACUAUGGUGAUUUUAUUGACUUCCUAGGGAAGGCAAGGGAUACGUUUGUUCUGGCUCAUGAUGGCCAUGCUCAAUUUGCACAGCUAGUUGAAAAUAUGAAAGUUGCUUACAAAGGCAAAAAGAAACUAAUGUUUUUGGUGAAAGAAAGGUUUGGGUGACUACCACUUGCAUUGUGUGAUAGACUUCUACUUUGUUUCAGUGGUAGUUGAGGUAUCUCAUGCUACCCUAGUUAUUGGUCUUUAUCAGUUGAAAUUUUCUGUUACUGAAAUCUCUUGAGUUAUCAGAACAUCAUAUCAUUUUAUAUGUACCUUAUUUAUUCUAAAUUUGUUGUAAAUCUAUGUUAAUGAAUAUACCAUGCAGAAAU